UUAAAAUAUUUACCCAGCGCUAACCCACUUCUGACACCUAUAAAACACAUGCAAACAAGGUCACAUGAAGCAAGUUAUUUAUCUCCUACAAUCAUGUGAGGGUCAUUUUCACUCAAUAGUAAAGUUAACCAGCUUUUGUAAAUUGUGAUGUACUUUAUGGUUGUCCUCUAAGGUCAAAGUCUUGACAGUGAGCAUUAGAGCGUGGCAGCACAUCAAACCUCAGUAAAGCUGUUUGGAGUGUCCAGGCGACACAUCUCUUUCUAUGGCUGGGACACUGCAGCUGUCAUGGCUAUUCUUCAUACUCCUUUUCCUUCUGGUGGGACUGCAAGGAGAGGAAAGGGACGCAGCGCAAAGACGAAACAAGAGGAGCAUUAGCAAUGACCAACCUCGUAUGCUGUCAGAUAAUGGUCACCUCGUUUUCACAACUGGGGAGAAUAAAGACAUCCGCUUCCAAACAUCAGCAUCAGGCCGGGUUAAAGUGGGUACUGAAGACCUCACCCAACUUUUGACUCAGAUAAAAACCAACAAAGAUGACAUUGAUUACAUUAAAUCUCACGGAGGUGGUGUUCCCCCUGAUAUCACUAACAAACUAAACCAGCUUGAUACCAAGGUGUCAGCAGCUGAGAAUAGAGUGACUGCCCUUGAAGCGACAGUUCACAGGGUGGCUUGCAGCAGCAAUCCCUGUCAGAACGGAGGGACAUGUCUGAACUUACUCAACUCAUACCACUGUCUGUGUCCCAACAACUGGGCUGGUCCUAACUGUGCAACAGAUGUUAAUGAAUGUCAGGUGUAUGCAGGAACCUUUCAGGGUUGUCAGAAUGGAGCAACCUGUGUCAACACUCCUGGAUCAUUCACUUGUACCUGUUCUCCAGAAUGGUCUGGGAGUCUCUGUACUGUGCGUUAUGAUGACUGCAGAAAUGCAGGACGGGACUUGUGUGUUCAUGGCACAUGUAUUGAUGCAGACCGGGUUGUAACUGGACAGCCUAAAUACCAGUGCAUCUGUGAGAGUGGCUGGGAGGCUCCAGCUGGGAACCCAGCCUGUGUAGCUGAUGUUAAUGAGUGUGACCUGCCCGUCAAGCCUUGUUCCACCAACCCUGCUGUUACCUGCUACAACACUCAGGGUUCCUUCUACUGUGGAGCCUGUCCUGCUGGCUGGCAAGGCAACGGUUACAGCUGUCAGGAUGUGGAUGAAUGUUUGACCAACAAUGGUGGCUGCUCCACCACUCCGAUGGUGCAAUGCCUGAACACCAUGGGUUCCUUCCACUGUGGUUCCUGCCCUCCAGGUUAUGAAGGGGAUGGGAGAACAUGCACUCAGACCAACAUCUGCGCUGUCAAUAAUGGAGGCUGUUACCCAACAGCUACUUGCUCCUCAAACCCAGGCUCAAGCUUCCCUGUAUGUACCUGUCCACCAGGCUACAUAGGCAAUGGUUAUGGGCCAACAGGUUGCACCCAGACCAGCAACAUAUGUCAGAGCAACAACCCUUGUGUCAAUGGACAGUGUGUGGCCACCACCUCAGCUCCUGGCUACAUCUGCAAUUGCAAUUCUGGCUGGCAAGGAGUAAACUGUGACCAGAACAUCAAUGAAUGCUCAAGCAAUCCCUGUCAAAAUGGAGGAACCUGCACAGACGGCAUCAAUGGAUUCACAUGUACUUGCACUGCCGAGUGGACCGGCCCACUCUGCCAGACCGCACAGCAAGAGUGUGGAGGUUACCUCACUGGCCCUGCAGGUUCCUUCAGUUAUCCCAACAUUCCCGGUCAUGAGGAGUACGAUCACCAGGUCUCUUGUGCGUGGGUGAUCCGCGUUGAUCCAAACAAGAUUUUGCGUAUUACGUUUCCUUUCUUUCAUCUGGAGAACAGCGCCAACUGCAACUAUGACUUCCUUCAGAUUCAUGAUGGGGACAGCGCUUCCGCUUACAUGAUCGGAAAAUACUGUGGCCAAAAUAACCCGCCGGAGCUCUACAGCUCCCACAAUUCCUUAUAUUUCUGGUUUCGCUCUGACCACUCUGUCAACAGUGAUGGCUUCACAGUUGUUUGGCAGUCUCAGGACCCAGUCUGUGGAGAUGAACUAACCGCUCCCUAUGGCAACAUUAACUCACCUGGAUAUCCUGGAAACUACCCACCUAACCGGGACUGCUAUUGGAGAGUAAUGGUGGAGCCCGGCUUGCUCAUUACCUUUGCAUUUGGGACUCUCAGUCUGGAGCAUCACUCUGACUGCAACUUUGACUUCCUAGAGAUCCGAGAUGGUCUCUUACCUGAAGACCCAGUUCUGGGGAAAUACUGCAGUACUGCAUCACCUCCACCCCUGCGGACUACCGGUCCAAAUGCAUGGAUCCACUUCCACUCCGACUACAGUGUCUCUGACCGAGGAUUCCAUAUUACAUAUACAACAUCACCAAGUGACCCUGGUUGUGGUGGUACCUUCACUGACAGCGAGGGCAUCAUCAUCUCUCCCAACUGGCCCAAUGACUAUGCGCACAACCGCCAGUGCAUCUAUUUGAUCAGGUUGCCAGCUGGUGAGAGGGUGGCCCUUAACUUCACUCACAUGAACCUGGAGAGUCACAGCAACUGCCUUUUUGACUAUGUGGAGGUUCGUGAUGGCAGGACGGAGACUGACCCUCUGAUAGGGAAAUACUGUGGCAGCACCCUGCCGGCUCCCAUGACCUCAUCAUCCAACUUCCUGUGGAUUCGCUUCAGGUCUGACAGCUCAGUCAGCCGGGCUGGUUUCAGGGCUGUUUAUUCUGUUGCUUGUGGAGGUACUUUGUCUGGGACUGGACAGUUACGCUCUCCGUACCACCCCAACGCCUAUCCCCACAACAAGGUCUGCGAAUGGGUCAUUAACCAGCCACAGGGCUACGUGGUUACCCUUAACUUCCUGUCAUUUGAUGUUGAGGGAGGCUCCUGUCGUUUUGACUUUGUUGAGGUCAGGGAUGGCUCCUUGUCUAGCUCUCCUCUGCUGGGGAAAUUUUGUGGUAUACAGAUUCCCCCCAGGCUCCAGUCCACUCAGAGAUCUAUGUACAUUAAAUUCAAGACUGACUCCUCCGUCAGCAACCAUGGCUUUGAAGCAGCCUAUAGCUCCGCCUUGGAAGGUUGUGGUGAUACCCUGACCAGUCCUUCAGGCACCAUUACGAGCCCUGGCCACCCCACAAACUACCCCCAUGGUGCCAACUGUACCUGGUACAUCAGUGUUACACCAGGCAACCUGAUUAGGCUGUCGUUUGAGUCCUUCAACUUGGAGUAUCACUUAAACUGUAACUAUGAUUACGUGGAGGUCUAUGACAAUGGCACGGUGCAGACUGGAACCAAGAUUGGCAGGUACUGUGGGCGUUCAGUGCCUCCAUCCAUUACCAGCACUGACAACCUGAUGACCCUGCUGUUUGUGUCUGACGCAAGUUUAGCCACUGAGGGAUUCUCUGCCAGCUACAUCUCCAUCAAUGCUACCACAGAUUGUAGUGAGACCUUUACCUCCUCUUCCGGGACUUUUAGUUCACCCAAUUACCCUGACUACUACCCCAACAAUAGAGACUGCAUCUUCAAGAUCAUUGUGCAGGUCAACGUGCAGAUUAUGCUGAACUUCACCAACUUUGAGCUGGAGGGUUCCCCUCCUUCUUGCAACUUUGACUUUGUAGAGAUCAGGGAUGGUGGUUACGAAACAUCUCCCUUGAUUGGUAAGUUCUGUUCUAAUCAGAGGCCUCCAGUCCUGGUAUCCCAUAGCAACCGUCUUUGGGUUAGAUUCCGCUCUGAUCCCAGCGUCACGCGUCGCGGAUUCACUGCCCACUGGGAUGGCUCACAGACUGGCUGUGGAGGGACGUUGACAACUGCAUCUGGGGGAUUUUCGUCCCCUAACUACCCCCUGCCCUACCACCCUAAUUCUGAGUGCUACUGGAACAUCAGGACCAGCCAGGGCAGCCAGCUCCUCCUCUCUUUCUCCGAUUUCCACCUGGAGUCCAGUGCCUCCUGCUCUUAUGAUUACCUGGCUGUGUAUGAUGGGAACAGCAGCAGUGCUCCAGAGCUAGCCAGACUGUGUGGCAGUCAGCCGCCCAGCACUUUCAGCGCUUCCAGCAAUCAACUCUACGUCAAACUACGCACUGACAGCAGCGUCAGCACUGGAGGCUUCCUUGCAUCAUAUACUUCUAACUGCAGCGGCAUGCUCAUCGCAAAUCGACACAGAGGAGUGGUGGAGUCGCUGAACUUUCCCAACGACUACCCAGCCAAUUCCUUUUGCAGCUGGACCAUCCAGGCCACUACUGGAAACACCAUCAACUACACCUUUACUACCUUCCAGCUGGAGGCCACCAGUAGUUGCAACUAUGAUUAUGUCAAGCUCUAUAAUGGGCCCAACAAUCAAGCUCCUCUGAUUGGUACAUUCUGUGGAUACACACCGCCCCCAGCCAACAGCACCACAAGCUCAGCCCUCACGAUGGUGUUCAGAUCAGACUCCUCUGUGUCAAUGUCUGGCUUCCAGAUGAUGUGGUACCAGAAUGGUUGUGGUGGAGAACUCUCGGGUCCCAGUGGCUCCUUCAACAGCCCAGACUAUCCCAACAGGUAUCCAGAAAACAGGGAGUGUAUCUGGUAUAUCACCACAUCAGCUGGCAGCAGCAUCACCCUCACCAUCCAUGAGUUUGAUGUGGAAUUCCACCAGGACUGUAACUAUGAUGUGCUGGAAGUGUAUGGAGGCCCAGACCUGUCGGCCCCUCAGCUGGCCAAGCUCUGCAGCACCACAUCCAGCCCGAUGCAGGUCUCUAGCACCGGCAACCUCAUCACAGUGCGCUUCAAGUCUGAUGCUUACGUCAGUGGUCGGGGUUUCAAUGCAAGCUGGGCUGAAGUCCAGGGAGGCUGUGGAGGCCCAGUCACAGCACCAUCAGGGGAGAUCCAUUCUCCUUCGUAUCCAAGCAGCUAUCCCAAUAAUGUGGACUGUUCCUGGGUCAUCAGUGUAGAUUCCCACCACCGCGUCUUCUUCAAUUUCUCUGACUUGGACAUUGAACAUCAUAGCAACUGCACCUGGGACUACGUGGCUAUCCAUGAUGGUCCGACCAUAUCUUCUCCACUGCUUGCCCGUGUCUGUGGCACCACUCUCCCUCCCGCCAUCACCUCCACCCAGAACACCAUCUUUGUCCGCUUUAGGUCUGACUCCAGUCGCAGCCACCGUGGUUUCAGUGCUUACUUCUCUGAGGCCUGUGGUACAACCAUCAUGGCAGACAGUAACGGAGGGACAAUUGCGUCGCCACGGUACCCAGCACCAUAUCCACCCAAUCAGAACUGCAGUUGGAUCAUCAGAGCACAGGAACCAUUCAACCAUGUCACCCUGUCAUUCACUGACUUUGAGUUAGAAAUGAUCUACUCCAACUGCUCCCAUGAUGCUGUGGAGAUCCUGGAUGGAGAUAACUACCAAGCACCCACUAUAGGGCGCUACUGUGGCGUUGAAGUACCUCACCCAGUGACAUCUUUCAGUAACUCUCUGGUGGUCAACUUCAUCUCUGACCGCUCUGUCUCCAGGAAAGGCUUCCAAGCCUCCUACUCAGCAUCCACCUCUAGUUGCGGAGGAGAUUUGGUGAUGGAAAGUGGCGCGUUCAACAGUCCUAACUAUCCAGACGCUUAUCCGCCUAAUGUGGAGUGUGUGUGGACCAUCAGGAGCUCACCAGGAAACCGUCUGCAGCUCUCAUUUAUUUUCUUUCACCUGCAGGGAAACGCUGGCUGUCAAAAUGACUACCUGGAAAUCAGAGAGGGCAACUCCACUGGCUCCCUGGUCGGCCGCUUCUGUGGAAACUCGCUCCCCUCUAACUACACCUCUGUGAUUGGUCACAUUCUGUGGGUUAAGUUCGUCUCCGACGCGUCAAUUAGUGGAGCCGGAUUCAGAGCCACCUUCUCACACUUGUAUGGUAAUGAUGUGACGGGGGAGUCUGGUCAGAUAGCAUCCCCACUGUAUCCCAGAACGUACCCCAAUAAUGCCCACUACCGCUGGACCAUCACUGUGGAGGCGGACAGCCUCAUCCAGAUCCGCUUCUUGGACAUGGACAUCGAGGACUUGUAUGACUGUUACUAUGACAACCUCAAAAUAUUUGAUGGCUCUAGCGUUCAGCACUAUCCCAUUGGGACAUUCUGUGGUCUGGACCUGCCCCCUCCCCUGAGGAGCACUGGCAGCAUUGUCACCCUGCAGUUCCAGUCGGAUUCGGUGGUGGGUGGACGAGGCUUCCUUGUGGAAUGGACUGCAGUCCAGGACACUGGACCACCACCAACUAUCACACCAGGUGCAUGCGGUGGAAUCCUAAUGACGGGGGAGACCCCUGGCUUCCUCUUUUCUCCUGGUUGGCCUGAGAACUACCCUCAUGACCAGGAAUGUACCUGGUUGAUCCGCUCUCCAGACUCAACAGUGGAGUUUAACAUCUUGUCUCUGGACAUGGAGGACUACCCCACUUGCUACUUUGACAGUCUUGUCAUCAGAGAUGGCGAGACCAGUCUGUCCCCCGUGCUGGCCAGCGUGUGUGGUCGGGAACCUCCGAGUUCUCUGCACUCUACAGGAGAUUCAAUGUACAUCCACUUCUCCUCAGACAGCAGCGUCAGUGGCCGGGGCUUUAAUGCCUCCUACUCCAGAGGUUGUGGUGGCCUUCUGCACGUAGACAGGGGUGUGCUGAGCAGUCCGCACUACCCCCAGAACUACCUGCCUGGACUGGACUGUAGCUGGCACGUGAUGGUGACACCCGGCUUCAGGGUUUCUGUCACGUUCCAGAGCCCCUUCCAGAUUCAAGGCUAUGGAAAUGGAUGCAGCUCAGGAGAUUACCUUGAGGUUAGGAAUGGUCCGGAUAGUUCAGCUCCACUGCUGGGUGGACGUCUCUGUGGUUCAAGUGCUCCAUCCCUUAUCCAGACUACUGACAACCACCUCUUUAUUCGCUUUUUGUCUGAUGCCACUAAUGAGGCCAGCGGCUUUAAACUGACCUUUGAGGCCCACAGUCAGGCAUGCGGAGGCUUCGUUGAGCUAAAUCAUAAUGAUCCUCCAGGGUACAUCACUUCACCCAACUAUCCACAGAACUACCCCCAGAACAUUGACUGCAUCUGGGUCAUCACUGUGCCCAACGGAGAAGCUGUCCAAAUUGACUUUGAGGAUGAAUUCUACAUUGAGCCCACAACCAGCUGCGUCUACGACUACUUGGAGGUGCGUGACGGCUCAACAUUAAAUGCUGACUUAAUUUCCCGGCUCUGUGGCAAUACGCGACCAUCUACCCAACAUUCAACAGGUUCCUCCAUGCUGCUCAGAUUUCGUACUGACACUAGUGUAACACACAAAGGCUUCAAGGCAAAGUACUCCAAGGCAACAUGCAGUGGCACCUACAUAGGUCAGAGGGGUACGAUCUACAGCCCCGGAUUCCCAGGGUCCAAUUACCCUGACAGCUCCAGCUGUGAGUGGUACCUGGAGGGACCCACAGGGCACUACCUCACCCUCAGCUAUGGGAACUUCAGCCUGCAGUCCACUCCAGGAUGCACUGCUGACUAUGUGGAAAUCAGAGAGUACAAUGCCUCAGGGCGUCUACUGGGCCGACACUGCGGCAGUAACCUUCCAGCUUCCCUGGACACGUCUGACAGUUUUGCUUAUGUCAGGUUUGUCAGUGACGCCAGUGGAAACGCACCUGGUUUCAGUCUGUCGUUUGAAGCCAGCGUUGAAGCCUGUGGUGGAGAGCUGAAUGCUCCCUCAGGAACUAUCUCCUCUCCCAAUUACCCUAACCUAUACCCACACAGCCGGGUGUGUCGCUGGGAGCUGGUGGUGACACCAGGCCGCCGGGUCACGCUCACCAUUAACGAUCUACGGCUGGAAGGUUCCGGUACUUCCUGUGCAUUUGACUACGUUGAUGUACUGAAUGGGUUGGCGGACAAUGCCCCUCGCCUGCAGCGAUUCUGUGGUACAGUACCAGCGGGCACCCAGGUGCGCUCCUCCGGAAACACCAUGACUGUUGUGUUCCGCACUGAUGCUUCUGUGUCCAAUGGUGGCUUCACGGCAUCUUACUCCUCUCAGGAGCCUGCAGAGUGUGGCGGAAUCCUGAACAACCCAACGGGUGGAAACUUCACUUCCCCCGGAUACCUGGUGUCCAACUACAGCAACAACCUCAACUGCGAGUGGCUGAUCCAGAACCCACGUCACAUCAAUUCCUCCAUUGUGGUGCUGAUAGAAGACAUGCACCUGGAGAACCACCAGACUUGUCAGUCAGACUACCUCCAGUUCCGUUUAGGAAACUCCGAUGGGGAGCUGUUGGCCAGGUUUUGUGGGCAGACUAUUCCCCCAGUUCCCAUUGUGGUCUUUACCCCACAGCUCUGGGUCCAAUUCCAGACUGACACCUCACAGGGAGACCUGGGUUUUAAAGCCAAGUAUAUGUUUUCUGAGUGUGGAGGUUGGCAGACAGGUGAGGGAGGAGUGAUAUCCAGUCCUAACUACCCCACCAUCUACCCCAGCCCCAGUCGCUGUGCUUGGCUGCUAGAGGCUCCGAUGGGCCACACCAUCACACUAACCUUCACCUACUUCAACUUGGAGCCUCACUCUACAUGUGGCUGGGACUCUGUCACCAUCUUCAACGGAGGAUCCCCCGGGUCGCCCGUUAUUGGCCAGUACUGCGGGACCACUUCCCCAGGAACCAUCCAGUCAGGGUCCAACAAGCUUGCGGUCGUCUUCCUGGCUGACCACAGUGUGUCCAGAGGAGGCUUUGUGGCCUCCUGGUCUGCUGAUUCCUCAGGCUGUGGAGGGGUGAUCCAUGCUGAUAAUGGAACAAUCAAGUCUCCAAACUAUCCCCAGAACUUCCCUGCCAAUGUGGAGUGUUCGUGGCAGAUCAUUGCCCAUGAAGGAAACCACCUGGAGAUGAGCUUCAAUAGUGAUUUCCAGAUUCCAGACAGCAGUGGGACCUGCCAGAAUAGUUACAUCAAGGUGUGGUCAGGUCAGACCCAAAAUACUGAGGCUCUGCUGUCAACAGGCUGUGGCUCAGUGGCCCCAGGCCCCAUCGUUGCUCCAUAUAACAUCAUCACAAGCCGAUUCCAGGCCACUGAGGCAACCGGCAGAGGCUUCUCAGCCUCCUUCACCACCAGAUGCGGCGCAAACUUCACAGCUCCCAAUGGUCGCGUGGUUUCUCCAAAUUAUCCAGCCGACUAUCCCGACCGCUCCAACUGCAACUACACCAUUAACGCUGGAGAACAAACAGUGGUGGUUAUCACCUUUAAAAGCUUCCAAGUAGAAGCACACUCCACCUGUCUGUAUGAUGGGCUGAAGAUCUACAGCUUGGAUACCAGUGGCUCUCCUAUUGCCACUUUGUGUGGCAGCAGCAUCCCAGGGCCCUUCUCCACCUUUGGCCCCAUGUUACUGCAUUUCUACUCUGACCCUGUGGUCUCCGACAGUGGCUUCAUGGCAGAAUACAGAGCCAUUCCAUGUGGUGGUUUCUUCAACAGCACUAUGGGUACAGUGAGCAGUCCAGCACUCUCCAUGACGAACUACCACCACAACAUCAACUGUACCUAUCACAUCAUGGUCUCAACAAACAGAGUGGUGGAUCUCAAGUUUAACACUUUCCAUCUGGAGGCGUCUUCUUCCUGUCGUUACGACUAUGUUGCAGUUUACGAUGGACCAGACACCUUGUCGCCUCUGAUGGGGAAAUUCUGUGGUGCAGCACUCCCACCCGAUCUGCGCUCCUCUACCAACCAGCUGUUUAUCGUCUUCAGGACAGAUGCCUCAGUGAAUGGGAUUGGCUGGAGAGCCACCUACAGUGAGACACUUGGUCCAGCACAGGGAUGUGGUGGAUACCUGUCCAUGCCCAUGGGCAUGUUUGGUUCUCCAGAUCCAAACCUGGAUGGGCGCUAUGAGCCAAGGAUGGACUGCAUGUGGACCAUUGAGAUGCCGGUCAACAGGGCUAUCAACCUGACCUUCAACUCUUUCGAACUGGAGAGCUCCUCUACUUGCCGUUAUGACUAUGUCAAAGUGUACGAUGGUGACAACAUUAACUUCCCUCUGGUUGGUACAUUCUGUGGAAACACCAUCCCUGCUUUUUUUAUAUCGAGUGGGAACUUCCUGACCAUUCACUUCGUCACUGAUAGCUCAGUACAGCGACGAGGAUUCAAUGCUACCUACAGGGCUAUGCCAUUGAUUUGUGGCGGGGCUCUGAACGCCACGUCCACCGUCCAGACCCUGACAUCGCCUUCCUUCCCCAGCGCCUAUCCUCCUUACACCUCCUGCCGCUGGAUCCUGGAUGCUCCACCCCAGGAAACCAUCAAAGUGUCAAUCCAGACCUUUGUGCUCCAACCCAGCCAGAGCUGCUCCACAAACUAUCUGGAGAUGAAGGACUGGCCCACGGGAGACUAUGGGCAGUCACAUAAGUUCUGUGCAUCAGAUGGUCAUCCACCAGACUUCUACAGCUACAGCAGGACAAUCCAUGUGCACUUCAAAUCUGACGCCUUCAUGACAGGAAAUGGCCUGAGUUUCACCUAUCAGAUUGCAGGCUGUAGCAGAACAUACGAACAGGAAUACGGCUACUUGAAGAGUCCAGGCUGGCCUGACAUCUACCCCCACAACAUGGACUGCACCAUCAUCCUGAAGGCACCACAGAACAACCACAUCUCCUUCUUCUUUAACAAUUUUGAUGUUGAAAGCCACAGCAUCUGUAAUUUUGACUAUCUGGAGGUCCGUAAUGGCAGCACAGCAGACUCACCAAUGAUUGGUCGGUUCUGUGGCAGCACCCUGCCCAGCCCCAUUUUCCCACAAUCCAACCAGCUCUACCUGCGCUUCAAGAGUGACUUCUCCAACUCCCGAGAUGGCUUCGAGGCCACGUGGACAUCGUCACCUCACGGUUGCGGUGGCACUCUGUAUGGAGACCAUGGUUCAUUCUCAAGUCCCAACUUCCCAGGCACCUAUCCCAACAAUACCCACUGUGAAUGGAGCAUCCUGGCACCCAGAGGUCGUGUGGUGACCAUCACCUUUGCCCAGAUCAGUAUUUCUGACCCUGGAGAUUGCCAGAACAACUUUUUGAAGUUGUAUGAUGGUCCAAACACCUCCUCGCCGCCUGUUGGACCUUACUGUGGAGUGGAAACCAACAUUGCUCCGUUCACAGCCUCCUCCCAUCAAGUCUACAUCGUUUUCCAAGCCCAGUACGCCACCCUGCCUUCAGGAUUCAGACUCACCUGGAGCAGCUGAAAGAAUGGCCCUACACACACACACACACACACACACACACACCACACACACACACACACACACACACACACACAAACAGUUGCUGACCAAUUUACUAAUCAUGCUUUAAAGGUAAACACUUGUGUUUACCUUUAAAGUAUUUUUUAACAUAAUCAAUGUAAAUAAUAUAAAUCUAUACUGUUAGAAUAAAUACACGAUUCAAGAAAUACAA